AUGCAUCAAUCUACUGGGCACCUUAAGGAUGCUAGUCGGCCGCUGUGUCCACUCUGGUCGGCCCUUGCCUCUCUUGUGGUGCGUUCCCCCGUCGGCGAUUGGGCUGCAAGCUUAUUCACCUCUACCCGCCCUCAGCUGCACCUGGUCUCACCUCUCGCCUCGCUCGCCACGGCCGUCCCGACUGAGCCCAGUCGCGCCUCUCUGUCUCGCGUCUCUCAGCCUGUCCAGCCGUUGCGCAGCAUAAGCCGUGAAGUGAAGCUGGUCAUGGCUGAACUCCAAAAUCGUUGGAUUGCUCACCUUCGCAACACUCACCACGAGUCCUCUGAUCGCAGUUUCCGCUGUCCCCUCUGCGCCGAGGCUGUUUCGCCCGAUAUUGACGCCUUUCGCGCCCACGUUCGCGCUGAUGAAGACAAGCACUCGACCUUCACCGAAGACACCGAUAUUGUAGAGGCAUUUAGAACAAUGGCAAUUCAUGCACCCAAGGAAAGGUCCGCAAGCACUUCGCCCAAGUCCGACUUGGCGAGCUCGUCCAGGAGCCCGCCAAAGAAAACAAGCGCACAACAUCUGGAGGACAAGGAUGGCAUUACCAGUGAUUUCGAUCGCGGCGGUGCCAACAACGUAACCAGACGACCGCUUUGGAACCCGUCAGAUCAGCCCAGGAGUCGCGGCACUCGUGCCAGGCCUUUCACAACGAGGCGAGCCAGGCAAAUCAACCGUGCCCAGUUUAGGCCCCCCCGAGCGGACCUUGCCUCCCCCCGAGUACACCCUGCCGACAUAACGACUACUCCUGGGUUCAACCUGUUUCGCCAGGCAGAAACUAAACCCAUUACGUCAGAUCAGCUUGUUUCCGAAAUCAAGGGAAUUUACGAAGGCCUAACGGUUGUCGAGUUCAAGUGCGUUGAAUUAAGUACCACUCCAGCGACAAGGAUCCCAGAAGAUCAAAACCUCGGCCAAGACCAAUACCAAAAACUGAUUGGGCUACAUCGCAUGCUGCUGUACGAACAUCACGACUUCUUUCUCGCCUGCCAACAUCCGUCGGCAAACGCCGCAGUACGUCGCCUUCCCCAGAAAUACCACAUGCCUGCACGGAUGUGGCGCCAUGGCAUCCAAUCGUUCCUCGAGCUUUUGCGCAGAAGAUUACCUGAAUCGCGCGAGUACAUGUUCACGUUUGUUUGCAUUGCAUACAACUCCAUGGGUCUCUUAUACGAAACGAUUCCUGGAUAUGUUGCCACUUGGAUCGAAUGUCUCGGAGAUCUGGGCAGAUACCGAAUGGCUCUUGAAGACGCUGAUAAUAUUUGGGAUCGCCAAAUUUGGACUGAUGUAUCUCGACACUGGUACUCAAAGGCCUCAGAUCUGUCACCGGAGGUUGGCCGACUUUAUCAUCACCUUGCCAUCUUGGCCAGACCCGAUGGCCUUCGACAACUGUAUUAUUACAACAAGUCAUUGUGCGUUCCGGUUCCCUUCCCGAGCGCUUGGGAAAGCAUUAUGUCAUUUUUUACUCUAGUCCUGGAGAGAUCCAUGACUUUGGAUCCUUCGGAUGAGGUGUUUGUCAGAGCUCAUGCUCUCCUCAAUACUGGAAGCAGCGCCGAUGAAGUCGACGAGGCCAUGGAGCAAUUCCUUGGUACUUUGGAUCGGAGCAUUGCGUUGAGGAACACGGGCUGGCUUCAUUCAGGAUGCUAUAUGGCUAUUUCCCUCGUCUGUUCCCUGCUCGGCUACGGCAUGCCUACCAGCCCUCUAAUGCAAGCACUCGCAGCUGGUCAAGUUGAUGAGAAGGCUGCACUCUCGGCGGACAAUGUCAUGAGCACGGAUCCCGCGGAGGAGAAAUUUGAGACUCUCCGAAAAUUCGGAAUGCAGACGUGCAGCAUCGUUUUCCGGCGCAAAGCAGAUAUCAACGCCCUUCCCUUUUUCCACAUAGUACUGGUAUUUUUGUACCAUGUGGCGCAGCACCCCAAAGCCAUGGCGCUUCUUGAGAAUGAGUUUCCAUGGACACGGGUAGUUGAUGUGCUUAACGAGGCUCGUCCUGCUUUGAUAUCGAAACCGAGAAUGGCAAAUGAAAAGUUUCCGCGGCCGCCAAGCAACGAGCCUCUACGCCCGCUGCCAGAAGACUAUGCUAUGCGAGGGCUUGGACUUGCAAAAGACUAUUUUCCUCCAGACUGGUUUUCUAGCGACAAGAUUGAAGAGGACGAAAAGCUGUUUGAGCCGCCUUCGCUAGGGGACGAGCGACGCCAGCGCCUGCUUUGGCUUGGGCGCCGGAUAUGCAGCCUGGGAGACUGGUUCGGAUGGGACGAAGGCUCAAAUUGUUUCACUGUCAAUGCGGCAUAUGACAAGGAAAUCAGCCUCCCUGAUGAGCUUUAA